AAUCACUAGUAGUUGAUUCCGAACAAAUUUGAGACUGAAAUUUUAUUAAAACAUUCGUUAGAAAUUCAAAGUUAAGUGACGCUUUAUGAAAUUGACUCCAAACCUAAGGUAUCAAUUCAUCAUUUUUGUUUUCCUUUUUUAAUGCUUACUAGUACUGGUUCUUUGUUGUGUUUUUAGGAUUUUUAGGAUGGAUUCUGUGGUACAGGCACGGUACUAGUGCCGGCAGUUUUUAAGCCGUUGGAUUGGAUAUAUUUAAUGGAGGUCGUUGAUUAAUAACCACCAUUAAACAAAACCGGUUAAACCUAUUAUAUGUAGAAACCAGCUGAAUCUCGUUGCCCUCGAUAUCAUCAUCACCACGAUGGCUGAGGGUGUGAUGGCUGAGGCAGAGACAAUGGUGAUUAUGGUCGAGCGGCGGCAAGAGAGCUUAUGGCGAAGGUGAUUCCGACUGACGGGGAUAUGGGAUCUGUGUGUGAUGGCUGUAAACGACGAUGCUAGAGGUGACAAGGUAGCGACUUCAACAUACGUAAGUUUUCAUGCAUCUCUCUGGCGGCUGGAGCACCCGUCUUCCUCACCGCGUCUCCUUUCCAAUAGAAUGUCUUGCACCUCGCUCUGACCUAAUAAGAAGGUAUUUGCAAGUGUCGAGUUCAGAUCCAUUUCCUGCUUCAGUUGACGGCAUGGUCGCUGACAUUUGUGUUGGUGCUUGCACCGAUAGAUCCUACUGUUUCGAAAAAAUCACGGCGGCGGAGUCUUCCUUCACAGUGAAAGGAGAAAGAAACAAACAAACAAAAGAACAAAUCAAAGGGUCGUUGAUUUUUUUCUUCUUUUUUCUUCUUUCUUGUGAAUUCUUCGAUAAAACAAAUUCAACCCAAAUCAGCCUUGGGUAAACCGGCCAGCUAAGUUACGACAUGGGUGCUGUCACGGCACCAUAGACUUCCUCAUUUUUUAGAGCACUUCUACUAUAACCGCUGUGAAAAAUCAAUACGCAAAAAUAUCAGUUGCAUGCAAGAGCUAGAACCUCUUCCUUCUCUUUCAUCAUCUUUUCUCUCAGUUUAUUCAAUAUCCAUAUCUGGAUUUCCAUAUGCUUUCUUCGAUGAAGAAGCUUUUUCAACAUCCUUAGGUCUACUAAUGGAGAAAAAUUCAAUUAAGAGGAUAUCCUCUGUGAAGGAUCUCAUCAGGAGUAAAUGUUGCAGCAACCAUACAGAUGGAGCUACUUCUUCUUAUACUCUGCCAAGUUUUAAUGCUACUGUCCUUCAAGAUCUGCAGGGGAAUGAGAUUCAGUUCAACUACUCUGUCUCCAUCUAUUCAAUGUAAAAUACCAUAAUGCAUCAUAUUCUUCUCACCAUGUCAGUGACUAGAACAAGGAGAAGUAACCCAAGCCUUUUUCGACCGCCAAAAAUAGAACCAAAAUCUCACCCCUGUUGCAAAUCCCUCGAGCCAUAAAAAGAGUUAAUGGCGGAAGGACAUCAAAUCUCACCAGUCCACUGCAAGCCUUUAAUGCUUGGGUUGAUGGAGAGCCUCAAAUAUUAUUUACUUAGGUCACCCUCCCUCUCCCUCCAAACACACAUCCCACCACUGAAACCAAACCAAACCCAUAAACUUAGCAUAGACCCACUCACUAGAUCUGCUAAGAUGAAUAACGCAGGGAUGAAUCACAUCGGGCAUCAUGAUCCACAAUGGGAAGAGGAAAACCACGAAGCUGUCUUCACAGACGAAAUAGCCCAAGAUGUCGGGUAACAAAAUCUGAGAUUGGUGGGCAAGCUGUUCUGUGAAAGGGAGGUCUGAUGGAGAGCCUUGUUGGGGAUGAUCAACAGUGCUUGGUCACAUUUCUGCGAGCCGGAGAUCCAAGAAGUGUCUAAAUCUUAGAAUAUUUUCAUCUUCAUCUUUACUACGAGGGAAGAAAUGGAGCAAGCUUGGGAAGGCAGACCUUGGCAGCUUUCAGGGAACAUGCUUCAGCUCAAACAUUAGGACCAGAACACACGCUCCCAAAAUCUUGAUUUCAAUUUGGUUGAUUUUUGGAUCCCGGUGCAUGGAAUUCCAGACCAUAAGACGACCAUUUCAAAUAUUGAAGCGACAGUGGCAAUGUUCAAGACGUUCCACGGUGUUGAUAUGAGGGGGCUGAACCCGGAUUGAUACAUGGAAUUUAUAAGAGUGUUAAUUCAAACUGAUAUCACUAGGCCACUCCCACCAGGAUCUUACUGCUCAACCGGCGGAGUUAGGGAUUGGCUUGGGUUUAUAUAUGAAAAAUCGUACAUCCUCUGCUACUAUUAUGGGAGGCACGACCACUGCAAACAAGAAUUCCCAAGAAGGAAUACAGGUUUGGAGGCACAUAUGGCAGGACCAGCAGAAGGCAGGUUUACUACCUGGAUGAAGGCAUGCACCAAAUAACCGAGGAUAUGUUCAGUAUCAGUUGUGGAUCUAGCAGUGAGGCACCGGGAUAUGUUCAGUAUCAGUUGUGGAUUCCAAGAUGAGGAUCUCCGGCGACUGGAUCCAUUAAUAUCGGAUCACCAUCCACACCAACAACCGAGGACGGUUUUAUGCACGGGAUACGAGGUCCAUCAAGGUUCACACCACACCCUUUUCCAUCUGGGUACGCAAGCCCGAGGAUGGUUUUGGGGCCCUCACACCAACAGCUACAAUCCCCCCUCCCCCCAGUUUGUCAGAAUUUUGAGAUCUAUGGAGCUAUUCCUCCGUACUCACCAACGGGAAAAACCUAGGCUGUUGCUUCUUCGACAGUGAGGAACCUAAUCGGGGAGAUGGAAGCGGCAUCAAAUUGGGACCACUAUCCAAAUCAGAGGUCUCAAUUAGUUGGUGACUUCACAACCCAUGACAUCCAGGCCCACGCCUCGGGCUAUUACUCCCAAUCCCAUCCAAGCAACAUCAAUUAGAAGAAUAUUGGGAUGCCAUCUCAACAUAAGGUAUCACAAAUGCUUAAUGGAUCUCAGCAAAAAGCCUGUAGAGAUGGAUAUGAUGUAUUCGAGCCAUAGGAAUGAGGAAGGCCAAGCUGAGCACAAAAAGAGGAAACAUGGGAAACCUUUAGAUUUUGAAGGGCCAUAUUUCACUCCAGGAAAAGAUUCCAAUAACAACCAAAAUGCUAGAAUUAAAGGGAAAGGAAGGAAGCCACUGCUUCGUUCUAAAACAAGAGAUAAGGAAGGAGUUGCAGAGCAGGAAGAUCAAGACCAACAGCAGUAUCAAGUAACUUCUGAAGUGCCAGUGGCCGACAAGAGGCGACUUGGAGCUGAAUGAGUUGCCUAAGUUUAAACUGCUGGGGAAUUGGGCAACCUCGGAAAGAGAACCAUCUCAAAAGGAUGGUGAUAAAUUCCGCCCAUCUUU